AUGAGUAGACCGAAAGAUCUACAAAUCAGUGCCAAUGAUAGGGAGAUAGUAGAGUUGAAUGAUCAACUUGAAACUCAUGAAAGUACAUUCGAUAAUGAGAAUGUUGAAACUCCUCAAGUGAGGAGAAGUACCAGGGAAAGAAGACCUAGAAACCCUCUUGAUGACUUUAUAAUUUAUUUAGUUAAAGGUUCUAGGGAUGUCCUUAGUAAUACUAUUCCAUAUUGUUUUAAUGUGGAUAGUGACCCAAAGACUUAUAGCGACACAAUAUCUAGUCAAGAUAAACAAAAUAGUGAUCUUUUGUUGAAAAAUCAUAAUCUUAGACCAACAGGGUCUUUGGCCACUCAUCAUGAGAAGGGUCAGUCAUCUGGAAGCCACAAACAAACUCCUUUAAAAGGAAAAGACACAUGUUACAGAUGUGGCAUGACAGGGCAUUGGGGACGUACCUGUCGUACGACCAAACAUUUGGUAGACCUUUACCAGGCUUCUGUAAAAGGCAAAGAGAAAAAUGCAGAAGCAACUUUUGUUAAUGAAGAAAAUGCUCCAUGUCCUACCCUUGACGUGUCCGAUUUCUUCAUGGACAAUGCUGAAAUUGGAAAUGAUUUCAUAUUUGGAGAAAAUAACAAUAAUUAA